GCUCCUUGCAGAGCACUGUUCUAAGCUCUGUGGGAUAUGGCAAACUAAGACUGACACAGACCUUUCCCUGUGGGAACUCAUGUCCAUGGGGAAUUGGCAGUGCAGUGUGACCCGAGUUGUGAUAGGGGACGCACACAGGAGAGGCACUCAAACUAGGUUGGAAGGUCAGGGAAGGGUUCCUGGCAAAUAUCACCAAAUCUGAGAUCUGGUUAGCCAUGCUAAGAAGAAAGCAAGAAGCUUCUCAAGCAUAGAGCACAGUAGCAGAUGUCCAGAAAUGAGACUGAGCACAGAUAUUUGGGAGCCCAUUUUGGAGCAGAAUGUGGUAGCCCAGAGACCAAGAAACCUACAUUUAUGGAUGAGGAAGUUCAAAGCUUACUCACGAAAAUGACAGGCUUGAACUUGCAGAAGACUUUUAAGCCAGCUAUACAAGAACUGAAGCCACCAACCUAUAAGCUAAUGACUCAGGCACAGUUGGAAGAGGCUACAAGACAGGCAGUUGAGGCAGCUAAAGUACGAUUAAAAAUGCCACCAGUUCUGGAAGAGCGAGUACCAAUAAAUGAUGUGUUAGCUGAAGAUAAGAUUUUGGAAGGAACAGAAACAACCAAAUAUGUGUUUACUGAUAUAUCAUAUGGCAUACCACACCGGGAGCGUUUUAUUGUCGUCAGAGAACCAAGUGGCACACUACGCAAAGCCUCUUGGGAAGAACGGGACCGAAUGAUACAAGUUUAUUUCCCAAAAGAAGGUCGUAAAAUUUUGACACCAAUAAUUUUCAAGGAAGAAAAUCUUAGGACUAUGUAUAGCCAGGACAGGCAUGUUGAUGUCCUCAAUCUCUGCUUUGCCCAGUUUGAGCCAGAUUCUACUGAGUAUAUCAAGGUUCAUCACAAGACCUAUGAAGAUAUAGAUAAAUGUGGAAAAUAUGACCUUUUACGUUCAACAAGAUACUUUGGUGGAAUGGUGUGGUAUUUUGUAAAUAAUAAAAAGAUUGAUGGUUUGCUGAUUGACCAGAUUCAGAGAGAUUUAAUCGAUGAUGCAACCAACUUGGUCCAGCUGUAUCACAUGCUCCAUCCAGACGGCCAGUCAGCUCAAGAGGCCAAGGAUCAGGCUGCUGAGGGAAUAAAUUUAAUCAAGAUCUUUGCAAAAACAGAAGCACAGAAGGGAGCCUAUAUAGAACUAACACUGCAAACUUAUCAAGAAGCACUCAGUCGCCAUUCUGCAGCUUCCUAAAACAUUUUUAAAAUACAUUUAUUUUACUAAACACUGA